CCCUGGACUCCAGAAGAGGACGCGAAGCUCAAAGCGCUUGUCUCUAGGCUGGGAAACUGGGACUGGUGCAUGAUAUCAAGCGUGAUGGAGGGCAGAUCAGGGAAGCAGUGCCGCGAGCGGUACAAGAAUCACGUCAGCGAGAAGAUCAACAAGGGGCCAUGGACAAAAGAAGAGGAUAAAAUCAUCAUGGAAGCCCAAGCAAGAUUGGGAAAUAAAUGGACGGCAAUUGCGAAAUUGCUCCCUGGAAGAACAGACAACUCGAUCAAGAACCGAUGGAAUUCAGCCCUG